CCGGCGCCGAUACCCCGGCAGAGCGCGCCACUCCUUCGUCGAGGCAGGACGUGCGCCCGAGCCGGGCGGAGCAGAGGCCAGCGGGAGCCGAGCCAAGCCGAGGCCAGCCGUGCCCAGCGGCUCCGCGACCCAGGCAUCCUCUGCCUUCUGCCCGCUCCCACGCGCUCCCCGCGCCCGCUCAGCAGCCCUCGCCGCGCCGGGACCCUCGGGCGCCGCCGCUGAAAAGCGCUUGAAGCCGAGCCAACAUGCCCAUCACUCGGAUGCGCAUGAGACCCUGGCUAGAGAUGCAGAUUAAUUCCAACCAAAUCCCAGGGCUGAUCUGGAUUAAUAAAGAGGAGAUGAUCUUCCAGAUCCCAUGGAAGCACGCUGCCAAGCAUGGCUGGGACAUCAACAAGGAUGCCUGUCUGUUUCGGAGCUGGGCCAUUCACACAGGCCGAUACAAAGCAGGGGAAAAGGAGCCGGAUCCCAAGACAUGGAAGGCCAACUUUCGCUGUGCCAUGAACUCCCUGCCAGAUAUCGAGGAGGUGAAGGACCAGAGCAGGAACAAGGGCAGUUCAGCUGUGCGGGUGUACCGGAUGCUCCCACCCCUCACCAAGAACCAGAGGAAAGAGAGAAAGUCCAAGUCCAGCCGAGAUGCUAAGAGCAAGGCCAAGAAGAAGUCAUUUGGGGAAUCCAGCCCCGAUACCUUCUCUGAUGGACUCAGCAGCUCCACCCUGCCUGAUGACCACAGCAGCUACACAACUCAGGGCUACAUGGGGCAGGACUUGGACGUUGAACGGGCCCUUACUCCAGCACUGUCACCGUGUGCCGUCAGUAGCACUCUCCCCGACUGGCGCAUUCCAGUGGAAAUUGUGCCAGACAGCACCAGUGACCUGUACAACUUUCAGGUGUCGCCCAUGCCCUCCACCUCUGAAGCUGCAACAGAUGAGGACGAGGAAGGGAAAUUAACUGAGGACAUCAUGAAGCUCUUGGAGCAGUCAGGGUGGCAGCAGACAAGCGUGGAUGGGAAGGGGUACCUGCUCAAUGAACCUGGGGCCCAGCCCACCUCUGUCUAUGGAGACUUCAGCUGCAAGGAGGAGCCAGAAGUUGACAGCCCUGGGGGGUAUAUUGGGCUGAUAUCUUCAGAUCUGAAGAACAUGGACACCAGCUGGCUGGACAGCCUGCUGCCCCCAGUCAGGCUGCCCUCCAUCCAGGCCAUUCCUUGUGCACCAUAGGUGGGCCCCUGGCCCCCUUUUACUUCUCUAGGCAAGCAGGACCUGGCAUCAUGGCAGCUGUGGUGCAGAGAAGCAGGAAUCCUGUGGCCCCUUGAUACGACAAAGUGUAACCCCACUGCUGACCAGGGAUGGGGCUUUCCUCCUUGGGACAGUGGCCUCUGGGGGUCCGGCAGGCCAGGGUCUGGGCUUAUCUUGUGGGGUAAAGCUGGCCCUGCUUCCUGGGAAGAUGGCGUCCUGAGACUGGUGUGUCAGGUGGAGGUCUCAGAGAGGAGUCAGCCUCCAGCUUUUCCCUCUGAGCCCAGCUGCCUGGAGAGGGUCUUGCUGUCACUGAGCUGGCCCAAGGGAACGGGCCAGUGACCUCAGAAAGCACAGCACCAACUCCAGGGCUGGCUCUGCACUAAGAGACAAUUGCACUAAGUGAAUCCUGUUCCCAAAGAACCACCUCCCUUCCUAGCUGAGCCCUGGGGACUGUUCCAAAGCCAGUGAAAUGUGAAGGAAGAAUGGGGUCCUGUGGGACAGUGCCCCCUCUGCCUCAGAGGAGCUCUGCCCCGCUCCCUGCGUAGGCUGAGGGGCUUGUGAAAAAACCUGGCACUUUUUCUUGUGGACCUUGCCACAUUUCUGAUCAGAGGUGUACACUAACGUUUCCCCCAAGCUCUUGGCCUUUGCAUUUAUUUAUACUGUGCCUUGCUCUGCACCCACCUGCCCCCUCAGGCAGGCCCCAGCAGCCCCCAGCAGGCCCAGGGAGGCAAGUGUGAGUGUGACUUUUAAAAUUGGAAACGUCAUCUGACCACUAAGUCAUGUGUGACCACACAUGUACAUGUGUGUAAAUAUGUACAUUUGUCUUUUUAUAAAACGUUAAUUGUUUAUAA